AUGUUCCUGGCCCCUCGCCGCUAUGUCCGCUCCAUCGUUGGCGGCUUGGUCAUAUUUGGCAUCAUCUACUAUGUCCUCAACACGGUGCCGCAGGUCGGCGACGCGGCGCACCAUGUUAGCCUCGACCGUUUUAUGAACACCGACUCUGGCCCGCCCGUCAUUUUCAAGAAGAGCAGCUUCGACUGGAGCCAGGUCAAGCACAAGUAUCUGCCGCCCGACAGUGUGACCCCGCUACCAACGGACAACGCCCGAGCCCUGCCCAAGGUUCAGCACGUCUUUGGCCAAGAAUCGCCGCAAGCCGCGCAGGUCCGCGAGAAGCGACGGGCUGCUGUCCGCAAGGUGUUUCAGGAUGACUGGAAAAACUACAAACAGUUUGCCUGGAAAAUGGAUGCCCUGAACCCCAAAUCCGGCACCGGCAAGAACCAGUUCUCUGGCUGGAUGGCCACUCUCGUUGACGGGCUCGACGCUCUCUGGAUGUUGGGGCUAAAGGAGGAAUUCGAGGAGGCGCUUGCUGUUGUUGCUGAGCUUGACUUCGGCAGGUCGACUGAUUAUCGCGUCAAUGUCUUUGAAACCACCAUUCGAUACCUUGGCGGCUUCCUCGCAGCGUACGACUUGAGCAAGCGAGAAGUCCUGCUUAAGAAAGCUGUAGAGCUCGGCGACAUGCUCUACUCGGCGUUCAACACCGAGCAUCGCUUUCCAGUGGAUUUUAUGAACUUUGAGUCCGCCAAGCUCGGCACGGGCUUGAGUCUGGAGCAAUGGGUCGUCUCUGCUUCUCCCGGUACACUGUCACUUGAGAUGACAAGACUUUCGCAAGUGACUGGUGACCCCAAGUACUACGACGUCGUCAACCGACUCAUGGAGCUUUUCAGAGAUCAGCAAAACUCGACCAGGAUCCCUGGACUGUGGCCGAUAUGGAUUUCGCUCGCCAAUAAAAACACCAAUAGCCGCGAAAGCUUCACCCUUGGUGGCAGCGCUGACUCUCUUUACGAAUAUUUGCCCAAGAUGCACGCCCUGCUUGGUGGCGGCAACCCCAUGUACGCUGAAAUGACCAAAGGCUUCUUGGCAGGUGCGAAGAAGGAACUCUUCUUUCGCCCCAUGCUGCCCGGUGGCGAGGAUAUUCUGAUUUCUGGUAAUGCAAAGGUAUCAGACAGCGGCGACGUGGAUUUUGACCCAGAGAGUGAGCACCUCACAUGUUUUAUCGGAGGCUCCGUUGCUCUAGCCGGAAAGUUGUUGGAAACCCCGGAAGAUGUUACAAUUGGGGCCAAGCUCGCAAAAGGCUGCGCCUACGUCUACCAUUCUUUUGACAGCGGCGUCAUGCCCGAGAGAUACAACAUGGUACCCUGCGAGCCCAAAAUCACCGACAAGUGCCCAUGGGAUGAGAAGCGUUGGGAGGAAGGCACAAAGGCCCGAAGAGAAUACAAGGAGAUUUUGCCAAAGGGUUUUACCACCGCAAAAGACCCUCGCUACCUGCUGCGCCCAGAAGCAAUCGAGAGCUUGUUCUUACUCUAUCGCAUGACGGGCGACACCGAGUACCAGGAGUCUGCAUGGAAGAUGUUUGAGUCUAUCGAAAGGCACUCGCGCACAACGCAUGGCCACGCGGCCAUCCUCGACGUUGUCACUGUUUACGAUGAGGCUUCUAGACAAAAGAAUCUGGAAGAUUACAUGGAGAGCUUUUGGUUUGGAGAGACGCUCAAGUACUAUUAUCUCAUCUUUUCUCCACCUGAUCUUAUUGAUUUGGAUCAGUAUGUCUUGAAUACAGAGGCGCAUCCAUUCAAGAGGCCAGUGGUAUAA